UACCACUUUCAGGUUUCCAUAUAAAGAAUGAUAUUUGCAUCACAUAUCACAUCGAUAGCACAUCGCAGGCGAAUUUGAGCUUCUCUCUCAGUCUCUCUCUCUCUCUCUCUCUCUCUCUCUCUCUCUCCUCCAUUUAAGAUCAAAUUAAAUAUCCAGUGAUCUAGGUGAGUGAGAAACGCUUUGAUUGAAGAAUAUGGGGAGAGGAAAAAUAGUGAUCCGAAGAAUUGACAAUUCCACCAGCAGGCAAGUGACUUUUUCAAAACGAAGAAAUGGGUUGCUUAAGAAGGCCAGGGAGCUCUCGAUCCUUUGUGAUGCAGAAGUUGGAGUCGUUAUUUUCUCCAGCACCAGCAAGCUCUACGAAUAUGCCAGUACAAGUUGUAGGAUUCUCACACAAGGAAAACCGUUGGGCUUAAAAUCUGUUAUUGGGCGUUACAGCAAAGCAAAAGAGGAUCAACACCAGCCAUCCAAUCCUGCUUCGGACGUCAAGUUUUGGCAAAGGGAGGCGGCAAACUUGAGUCAACAACUGAAGUACUUGCAAGAAUGCCACAGGCAAUUGAUGGGUGAAGAACUCUCUGGUUUGAGUGUCAAGGAUCUACAAAAUCUGGAAAACCAGCUGGAAAUGAGUUUGAAGGGUGUCCGAGCAAUGAAGGAACAACUAUUAACUGAUGAAAUUAAGGAACUAAACCAGAAGGGACAUCUGAUUCAUCAAGAAAAUACAGAACUCUACACAAAGAUAGAACAUUUUCGUAAAGAAAAUGCAGAAUUGAAAAAGAAGGUUUAUCGAGCAAGGAAUGUGAAUGAAGCAAGCUGUUCUAGUUCUCCAUACACUAUCAGCAAUGAAUACGAUCUGCAUGCAAACAUCCGUCUCCAGCUAAGCCAGCCUCAACCUCAAAAUGAUGAAGCACCAGAAAAAGCAAUGGAACUCGGGUAUCUCCUCAAUUUAUUGACAUGCUAUAUACAAUUUAAGAGUUUUAAAGAAAUUAUUUCUUAUAUAAAUUCUACUGUGUGACUGUCUUCUCAAAACUGCAACAGAUUACAAUUGCAUUAGUAAAUCCGUUUGACAGCUAUGGGUGGUUCCAUCUGAAUCCCAUCAACAAGGUGACUAAAAUCUUCAAAACUCUGGGAUUUUAUUAUUCAGCAUUUUUAGACACGACUUGUAAUGAAAACUUGGAAUAGAAACUUCCUUGGAAUUUGCCACAACUUAUAAUCCAAACCAGCUAUAUAUGUAAAUUUACACAACAAUGGUAAAGCAUUACAAAUGGCAUGUUUCAUAUUAACAGUCUAAAA